AUGAACAUGGCGGCUCACCUGCGGCACCCACAUCUGGUCCAGUUCAUAGGAGCCACGCUGGAGGGGGAGAUGAUCAUCCUGACAGAGCUCAUGGUGCUGGAGGGAGGUCGUAUCUCACGUGAACACAUCCUCUCCAUUUCUGUGCAGGUCUGUCAAGCUCUCAACUAUCUCCACCUCAUGCAGCCAGACCCAGUGAUCCAUCGUGACAUAAGCAGUGCAAACGUCCUCCUCAACCCUCUACCUGAUGGCCGCUGGAGUGCAAAGGUCACAGACUACGGCUCGGUAAACACACAGCGAAUGUUGAACACAAUGAACCCAGGGAGUCCUGUAUACGCUGCCCCUGAGGCCGGUAACCCGUCCCUCCAGUCAUCCAAGAUGGACGUGUUCAGUCUGGGGGUGCUCUUGAUUGAGAUGUGUUCUGGCCAGUUUCCGAGUGAUAACGGACGUGAGCGCUUACUCCUCACCAUCCAAGACCGUCAGUUCUCUGACAUCAUCAGUCGCUGUAUCGAUAGAGAGAGAGACAAUCGACCAACCGCUCGACAACUGUUGAAUGAACUACUGUAACAGUAGAACUGCACUAGAUAGAUAACUUUUCCCCUCAUGUUAAUUUUUCAUGCUUGUGUGUAUAAUUAUAUUGAUUGGUUUUUUAUUCUUGAUUGAACAGGUUAAUAGAAAGGAAA